GUUGUUAAGUAUCUAAAUCUUGUUCUCCACAAGAAGUAAACAAGCACUUUUCUUAUUUAGAAAUGAAAGCUGCACUCAAAGACAGAUGCCGAGUCUGCCUGGGAGUCAGCCAAAAAAUGGUAAACAUUUUCGAGAGAAAACAAGAAGACCUGCGUGUUUCGAUAGCACACAUGAUCUCUGAAUGCACUGGCUGUGAUAUUGAAGAAGGGGACACUUUCUCCGAGCUCAUUUGUCCACCAUGUCUGGAGGAUGCCCAUAGUGCAUUCGACAUUAUUGGAACCUACGAGCGCAGCUACAGGAUCUUCUGUGAGGCACAGGAUGCGGUUCUUGAGGAGGAUUUCCAAGACGGAGAGGUGUACACAAUAUCGGACAGCGAGAGUGGGACAUCGCACGAUGCGGAUGGGAAACAAAAGUGCAAUUACAAUGCGGAUGAAAUCUAUGAGAUAUCAGAAGAUGAGUGUGAUCGAACCGUUGACACCAAACCGGAAGACUCCAGUCAGCAACUGGAUAAAAGUGAAUCCAAAGAAGGCGGCUUAGCGGACAAGAAAAUAGAGGAAAUUCCACCAACUUCAACUGCUGCAUCUGCUGAUCAACUAGGGGAGACUGACACUGAAAAACUAUAUUCCAGCGCCAACGAUUUUGUUGGCCGUCGGAAUACCUACAAGUGCUCCUACUGCAGCAAGUCCUUUCCCAAUCGAUCCUCCCUCGAGGCGCACAAUCGCAUCCACACGGGAGAACGACCAUUCAAGUGCCCCAACUGCCCGCUGUCCUUCCGACUGAAAAGCUUUCUUGAUCGGCACGCCAUCCGAUAUUUGGGAGAACGACCUUUCAAGUGCGACAUCUGUUCCAAGUCGUUUCUGGACCAAAGUAACCUGUACCACCACAAGAAGAUACACUCCGACAUUCGACCCUACGUAUGCGCUUCCUGCCCGAAGGCCUUCCGGUUCAAGAACCACCUAGAUUGCCACACAAGGAAUCAUAUGGGCGUACGACCGUUUAAGUGUGACUAUUGCGGUAGGAACUUCGCGACACGCGGUAAUCUUGACUGCCACAUAAGGACACACACGGGCGAACGUCCCUUCGAAUGCUCCAUUUGCCACUCGGCCUUUUUGGAUUUAUCGAACCUUACUGCACACAUACGGAUCCAUUCGAAUGAACGACCUUUCAAAUGUGAUAACUGCGACAAGCGGUUUCUGGAUAAGUAUCGCCUGGCGGCACAUAAAUUAACCCACUCGGUAGAACGACCCUACAAGUGUCCUGACUGCCAGUCCAGUUUUUUAACUCCAACCAGCCUCUACCAUCACAGAAAUCUACAUAUGCCAAAAGGACCUUUUAAGUGUGAGGAUUGCGGCUUAGCCUUUAAGAAUAUAAGUCUCUUUCGAAGGCAUGUCAAGAGUCACGGCAAGGUGCUAGAAAGAAACUUCUCUUCCAUAUAGCAAAUUAUUAUAAU